UCGUCACCGAAGACAAAUUCCUUGUGUAUAUUUUAUACUUGGUCAUUAAAGUAUUGUAUUGUAUAACAGAUAGAUUGGACCUCAGAAUGAUCCAGCGGGGCCUUCAUCUGAACUUAACCUAAGCAAAUGGAACCUCCCUUACAGGGUCAGCUUACCUCUGAAACACAGUUACUGAUAAAAAAAAAACAAGUAAGGUAUCUUGUCUCCUUUGCAAGCCCUGAAGGCUUUUGCUCAGCUGUUAUAAGAGGCAAGAUGCUAGAUUCAUCAUGGAUUUUUCAUUUGAAGCAUUUAGGCAUUCAAAAAAGAAGUUCAGAGAGAGAUUCAAAGAGCCAUUUAAUCUUCUGCAUGAAUUAUUGCCUACCCGAGCUAAUUGUUGUUUACACCGUAAUCAUUUCCACAUGUCCUUUUUAGGUCCUUUAGUUUAAGUGGACAUCUGUGGUUUUUUUUAAAUUCAAGAAAAAGAAAUGUCACAGAGCUCCAAGCAGCAAUCUACUGGACUCCUGAAUGCUGCAAGUAAAACUCAGCAUGGGAGUUUCCUUGUGGCUAUUAAGCAGGAGAAAGGCGAGGCCCCUCGAUUAAUUGGGGAGAAGCCCCACGGCGAAGAGGAGCCAGUGAAAAAGCGGGGCUGGCCGAAAGGCAAGAAGAGGAAGAAAAUCCUCCCCAAUGGACCGAAGGCCCCCGUGACAGGUUACGUCCGCUUUCUGAACGAGCGACGGGAGCAAAUUCGGAUGCAGCGCCCAGAUUUGCCCUUCCCUGAGAUCACAAAGAUGUUGGGAGCAGAGUGGAGUAAACUACAGCCCACAGAAAAGCAGCGCUAUCUGGAUGAGGCUGAACGGGAGAAGCAGCAGUACAUGAAGGAGCUGAGGGAAUACCAGCAAUCAGAAGCUUACAAGCUGUGUGCUGAGAAGAUGCAAGAGAAGAAAAUCAAGAAAGAGGAUGCUGGUCCUGGAACUGUGAACACAUUGCUAAAUGGAUACAAGACUGGGGAAAGUGGCAGUGAUGGCUUCUCAACGUUUGAUGUCCCGAUUUUUACAGAGGAAUUCUUGGACCAGAACAAAGCCCGGGAAGCCGAACUGCGGAGACUGCGUAAGAUGAACACGGAGUUUGAGGAGCAGAAUGCCAUCUUGCAGAAGCACACAGAGAGCAUGAGCUGUGCGAAGGAGCGCCUAGAGCAAGAACUUGCACUGGAGGAGAGGCAGACAGUGGCGUUGCAACGAGCGGCUCCGAGACGCCCGGGAAGCCGAACUGCGGAGACUGCGUAA